AAAUAACCACAAUAAAACCCUAAUUAGAGCAAUAGGUGGGGGUAUAAAACAAGGGCGUGUUUCUAUCUCGUCGUUAGGGUUUGGUUAUUAGGGUUUUCGCUGUUCGGUCUCAGUUCAACAGUCGGCGCAGGCGAACAUCCAGAAGACAAAGCGAAAAUGCCGUCGCACAAGACUUUCAGAAUCAAGAAGAAGUUGGCGAAGAAGAUGAGGCAGAACAGGCCCAUCCCCUACUGGAUCCGCAUGAGAACUGACAACACCAUCAGGUACAAUGCCAAGCGCCGCCACUGGCGUCGCACCAAGCUUGGAUUCUGAGGUGUUUGCUCUGCCUCGGUUUGGUUUAUCCAAUUAAUUAGUUUUCUUUUUUCUUUACUUUUUUUUGUUGAGGCAAAAACAUUGUUUUGGAGGUUUUAUGUUUUUCAUUUACUUAAAGACUAUAUUGUGUAAGGAAACUUAUUGUAGUCAUUACUAAUGGUGCUCACCACCGCUUUCUAAAGUAUCUUUGAAUUCUUCGCAA